GCGCGGAGGCUGGCCAUGGGCGCAGCCGGAGAAUUUGCGGAAGUGCGGCUUGUAGGAGGUCGUGGUGGGGUCACUAGAAAAUCAGCCCACAGGUCCUACUCUAGGAGCAAGAUCCAACAAGUAAAGCAAGGAAGAGGUCUCAGGACCUGUAUAUGGUCAUUUGUGGGGGCACCAUUGACCAGAAACGAAGAUUUCAGGAAUUUAGGGGAAUUCAAGAAGAAACUAAAGGCACAAGUCCCCAUAUUGGCUAUUGUCCAAUAACAGAAGAAAAUGAAGGACCAGGAAUUGCUGACACUGGAGGAUGUGGCUGUGGACUUCACCUGGGAGGAAUGGCAGCUCCUGGCCCCUGCCCAGAAGAACCUGUACCGGGAUGUGAUGUUAGAGAACUAUAGCAACUUGGUGUCAGUGGGGUAUGUGGCCAGCAAGCCAGAUGCACUCUUCAGAUUGGAACAAGGAGAGCCAUGGGCGACAGAAGAUGAAAUCCGCAGUCAAAUCCAUCCAGAGAUCAAGAAAGAUGAUAGUCAUCUACAGGGGCACUUGCAAAAUCAAACAUGUCCAAAGAGAAUGAAACAAGGCCACAAACAUAAUGCAUUUGGAAACAUCAUUCUUCAGAGUAAAAGUAAUUUUCCUUUAAGGCAAAAUUACGAUAUCUUUGACUUACAUGGGAAAACACGGAAAUCAAAUUUAAGGAUAGUCAACCAGAACAGAAGCUAUGAAGUAAAGAACUUCAUUGAGGUUAAUGGAGAUAUGAAAUCUUUCUCCCAUACAAAGCAUGACCAGUAUUGUAUUGAAAUUAAAUUCCCUGAAUGUGGAAAUUCUAUGAAUACAAAUUCCCAAUUCAUCAAGCAUCAAAGAACCCAAAAAAUAGAGAAACCCCAUGUAUGUAGUGAAUGUGGAAAAGGCUUCUUCAAGAAGUCUCGGCUCAUGGAUCAUCAGAGAGUUCACACAGGAGAAAAGCCUCAUGGGUGCAGUGUAUGUGGGAAAGCAUUUUCCAGAAAGUCCAGGCUCACUGAACACCAGAAAACUCACAUAGGUGAGAAGCGGUAUGAAUGUUCUGAAUGUGACAAAGCAUUCCCCAAGAAAUCACGGCUACUCAUGCAUCAGAAAACUCAUACAGGAGAGAAACCCUAUGUGUGCAGUGAGUGUGGAAAAGGCUUCAUCAAGAAAUCUCGGCUCAUUAAUCAUCAGAGAGUUCACACAGGAGAGAAGCCUCAUGGAUGCAAUUUGUGUGACAAAGCAUUCUCCAGAAAGUCCAGGCUCAUUGAACAUCAGAGAACUCAUACAGGAGAAAAACCUUAUGAAUGCACUGAAUGCGACAAAACAUUCCGCUGGAAGUCACAGCUCAAUGCCCAUCAGAAGACUCAUACAGGAGAGAAAUCAUAUAUAUGCAGUGAAUGUGGGAAAGGUUUCAUUCAGAAGGGCAAUCUCAUUGUACAUCAGCGAACGCAUACUGGGGAGAAGCCUUAUAUAUGCAGUGAAUGUGGGAAAGGUUUCAUUCAGAAGGGCAAUCUCCUUAUACAUCAACGAACUCACACUGGAGAGAAACCCUAUGUAUGCACUGAAUGUGGGAAAGGCUUCAGCCAGAAGACAUGCCUCAUAUCACAUCAGCGAUUUCACACUGGAAAGACUCCCUUUGUAUGUACUGAGUGUGGAAAAUCCUGUUCUCACAAGUCUGGUCUCAUUAACCACCAGAGAAUUCAUACAGGAGAGAAACCCUAUACCUGCAGUGACUGUGGGAAGGCUUUUAGAGAUAAGUCGUGCCUUAACAGACACCGGAGAACUCAUACAGGAGAGAGGCCCUAUGGAUGUGCUGACUGUGGAAAGGCUUUCUCUCACCUCUCAUGCCUUGUCUACCAUAAGGGAAUGUUGCAUGCAAGAGAGAAAGGUGCGCAUUCAGUUGGGUUGGAGAAUCCUUACUCAGAGAGCCCCAGAUCAUCACUUUCAAAUGAUAACAUGCAGGAGAAAAACCCUGUUAACACAGUGUCGGUGCAGAUGUCUUCUGUAGCAGCUCAGACUUCAUUACACCUCCAUGGGCUCCUAGCAGAUAGGAACAUAGUCACUGUGCGACAGCCAGGUGCCAGAUGUACACCACCAGCAAAUAACAGAAGUUGUACAGAGAAACCUUUUGAAUGCAGUGAAUGUGGUAGUACCUUCACUGAUCAUUUACAUCAUAUUUUAUGUCAUAAAAAGCACACAGCGGUAAAGUGUGAUACAAUCAAGGUGGAAAACCCUUGAAUAAAACCUUCCAGCUCAUUAUGCGGCUGGUAAGUGUAUACUGAGACAAGUAGCAUAAAGACCAGGAAUAGUAUAAAGACAAAUAGUAUCAAGAUCAGGAAAGCCUUUCUGGAAGGAUAGACCUUCCUGGUGCCUCACAGGUCACAUAUCAUUAGUGAGCUCAUAGCUGGUAGAAAUAUAAUGACCUUGGAAAAGUCCUUCCCCAGAAAUAAGACUUCGGUAAGCAUCAGAGUUCACACAGGAGAGGAACUGUUGGAAGAGCUCUGAAAGCAGUGAAUGUGGCAGGGUUGUCAGUGGAGCAUUUUGCCUCAUCAGUAGGCAGAGGAAAUAAUACAGAAACAAAACUCUGCACACAGCAACUGUGGAACAUCUUCGGAAAACACAUAAAGCAAACAAGCCCUGUGAAAAUGAAUAUUUUAAAGAUUUCUGCCACAAGUCUACCAUCAUUUUAUAUCAGAUAAUGUACAUAGUGUACAUUUAGGACAUACACCUUGAAUCAAACUCCUAAUUGAUAUGAUGGUCAUUCCUUAAUUCAGUGGUUAGAGUUAUAACAGUGUAUCCCCUCCCUUUUCAGGGUGUGGGGGCAUGAAUCUUUCAUUCCCACCCAUGAUCAUUACGCAGUUAGCUCUUGUGUUUCUCUGGUUCUAAAUUUGUUGAGUUUAUUUUAGGUUACUAAAUACUGAAGUCUAUCCUUCAAAAGGAAAGUGGAUGCAUUUGAUUCAAUAACAUAACUUAGGGUGUUUGGAUGUGUUUAACUUUGUAAAUAUCACCCAAAGGGACAGCUGCUCACAACUGAAAACCUAUCGGCCAGGUUUUUUCCAUGGAGGAUAGUUCACAUCUGAUCUACACACCACUCAGAAAAACUUUCAUCAACUAUUUCCUUUACCUGGUGCUAUUCUAAGACCUACAGAUGCUGACAGUGAUGAACUGAACAAAAGUCCUUGCUGCCUUUGAGUUGGCUUUUUUAAAGCUGGAUUAUAUGCAUGUAGCAAUUUGACCCUCCAGCAAAUGUAAUCAAAGGAUGUAUAUGCCUACAUUAGUUGAAAAGGACAUACUAUAGAAGGUACAAAGUAUCCUGAUUAUUUCGUGUUCAAGGCGCAUAUUAUUUUUUGGAGAGGGAACAGGAAAGGAUUUACUUAGUUUUACACAUGUAAAAUAGGAUAUGGGGACUUUUUAAAAAGGUUUGUAUCUUAUUUCUCUACCUGGAUUAUAAAUGCCUAUCUGGAUAGUUUAUAGAUAGUCCUAUAUUCUGCAGCAAUAGCAAAAUAGAAACGGAUUACAUAGCUUUGAAAGAUGAUUGAAAAUGAAUGUGUGACCUAAUGAAUGACCUAACAGACUAAUCAAGCAAACUUAUUUUUGUCACCGAAGGAAAGGGAAUGAAUGCCAAAAAUCAGUAUUCUCCCAAGAAACAUUUUUAAAAAGAAUCCUGAGUAGAGGCCCUUGGCAAUACAGAAGGGGCAGAUCAGCAAGGGAAUAAGAUCCACAGAAUAAGCCCAAUUAAUGGAAGAAAAUGACGUCACUUUAAAAAUGGAGGACAGUGUGUUUGGCAGGUGGAGGUGAGAUUCCCUUCAGAUGUCAUGGAGAAGAGCCCUGAACUGUUCACAGUCUGCCAUCUAUGAGAGUUGCCACCAUCUCUGGGAUCCUGGCUCCUCUGUGAUGUGAUGAGACAUGAUGUAGCGUCAUCCUCACUGUCCUGGGAAGGGGCCUGUAUCCUCUCUUCUGUACUCAGGGUUCUUCCCCUCGGUUCAAUAAAGAUCUAUGCAGCUUAAAAACAGUCCUGCUUACAAGGGAAAGCGGUGGAAAUUUGCCAUGAAGUGGCUGUCUCCCAAUUGAGAUCCAAACUGAGUUUUUGAGUAAUUUACUACUACAGACAUUUUUUUGAGCAUCUGCACUGUGAUAAGCACUGUUGUAGACAUGGGAUACACUGGUGAACAAAACAUGCAGAAUAAUGGCCUCUAACAGGAUGGAUUCAGGACAGAUGCUCUUCAAAGAAUCAAAUGGAUUCUUCAACUCGGGCUUCAGGUCCUCUCCAUUUCUUGUUUUGUGAAUCUGCAUAUCCCAUCAUGAUGGUCAGUGAUUUUCUACUUAAAUCUGCAGUCUACCCCUGAAUGGGCUGCCUGGCCUGCCCUGAACCUGAGGACCAGAUGCUGAAUUAACCCACCUUUCCGACGCUGGCAUCCCAGGGAUUGCUGAUUCUGGAGGAUGUGACUGUGGACUUCACCUGGGAGGAAUGGCAGGUCCUGGCUCACUGCUCAGAAGGACCUAUACUGGGACGUGAUUUUGGAGAACUAUAGGAACCUGGUGUCAGUGGGGUAUCAAGCUACCAAACCAGAUGUACUCUCCAAGCUGGAAUGAGGGCAAGAGCUGUGGAUGGCAGAAGAGGAAGUCCAUAGUCGAACCCAUCCAGGUGAGUGGGUGAGAACAGCAAGGUGGACAGCUGAGGAAGUCAUGUUCUCAUCUGUCAGGGAAGGCUCCAGGCCUAUGAGCGGGUCUCAGGAUGUCUAAACAGCUUCGCCUCAGGGCGCUUGAGUGGCUGAGUUAUUUAAGCAUCUACCUUUGGUUCAGGUCAUGAUCCCAGGGUCCUAGGAUCGAGCCCCUCAUUGAGUUUCUUGCUCAGCAUGGAGUCUCCUUGUCUCCUCUCCCCUUCCCCCUAGCUUGUGUGCUUUCUCUCCCUCUCUCAAAUAAAAAAUAAAAUCUUUAAAAAUACUAAGGGGCCCCUGGAUGGCUCAGUGGUUGAGCAUCUGCCUUUGGCUCAGGUUGUGAUCCUAGGGUCCUGGGAUCAAGUACCACAUCAGGCUCCCUGCGAGGAGCCUGCUUCUUCCACUGCCUGUGUCUCUGCCUCUCUGUGUGUCUCUCAUGAAUGAAUAAAUUUUAAAAAUCUUAAAAAAAAAACAAAAACAAAAACAGCUGCCCCUCCUAUCCUUCUUCCCUUAAAAGAGCUUCUUUGUAGAGUCAAGAGGAAAAUAUGCCCCUUUUAUUCCUCUGAGAGCUGAUCUCCAUUUAUGUACAUCUUGAUUUUUUGUUGUUGUUUGGUUCUCUAUUUCCUACUUUUCUCAAAUCUUUUUUUUAAAAAAAGGAUUUAUUUAUUUUAGAGAGAGCAUGUGAAUGAGUUGGGGGUAGGGAUAAAGGGAGAGAGAAUCUCAAGCAGAUUCUGCAAUGAGUGUGGAGCCUAAUGCGGGCUUGAUCUCAUGAUCACGAGAUCAUGACCUGAACUGAAACCAAGAGUCAGAUGCUUAACUGUGCCACCCAGGCGCCCCAACUCAAAUCUCCUUUUCUGUUCAUUGUAGCAGUGUCUCUACUUCUUCCACCUCCAUGCUGUGAAAUCCCACCUUCCAGGUGCUACUCCAAAUGUAGACCUUUGAAUUCGACAUAGUCUUCCAACUAGUUCAUCUUCCUGCUCCAUUGCAAACUAGUGAUUUCCCUUCUUAGCGUUCAACCUUACUUUGGGUGCUGUAUCCACACCAUAAUCUGAUCUCUGUGUUUCCAUGGUUUCUUAGCUUGUUGUAGACUAAAUGUUUGUGCCCUCUCAAUAUUCAGAUAUUGAAAUCCUAAUCCUUAAGGUGAUGUAUUAGGUGAGGCCUUUGAGAAGUGAUUAGGUUAUGAAGACCCUGCCUCUUCUGCCAUAUGAGGUUGUAGCUGGAAGGCACUUCCUGUGAAGGAGGAGGCCUUCCAGACACUGAAUCUGCUGGAACCCUGAUCUGGGACCUCCCAGCCUCCAGAAAGAUGAGAAAUAAAUUUCUGUUGUUUUUGUUAUAGCAGUUUGAAUGAACUAAGACACUUCUCAUUUCCCACUCUGAAAUUGUCCAAAGGUUCUGUUUUCCAUUUCUUGCUCUGUUCUCAUUUCCUUACACCUUGCCUUCAUUCUGAUGAGUUAAGCUCUUAUUCUGUAUAAAGACUCCUACAUUCACAGAAACCCUGAGUGAUUUCAGAAUUUUUGAGGAACUAAAAUCACUUUCUCUACAAGAAAAUUUCUUCCAUUUCUCUCUCUCUCUCUCUCUCUCUCUCUCUCUCUCUCUCUCUCUCUCUCUCUCUUUUAAGCUUAGGGUCUUCUAACAGUUUAGAAAAAUGAGUGUCUACUCAAGGUUAAGAAAGAACAGUGGGAGGGAUGCCUGGGUGGCUCACUGGUUGAGUGUCUGCCUUUGGCUCAGGGUGUGAUCCUGGGGUCCUAGGAUCUCAAGUUCUGCAUCAGGUUCCCCACAGGGAGCCUGCUCCUCUCUCUGCCCAUGUCCUUGCUUUUCUCUCUGUGUCUCUCAUGAAUAAAUAAAUAAAAUCUUGAAAGAAAAAAAAAGAAGGAAGGAAGGAAGGAAAAAGAGAGAGAGAGAAAGAAAGAAAAAGAAAGAAGAAAGAAAGAAAGAAAGAAGAAAGAAAGAAAGAAAGAAAAGAAUGAAAAAGAAAGAAGAGUGGGAAUUAAGAAAGAGGUCGGAAGAUCUAAGAGGCUGAUUCUCCAGAAGCAGAACAGAAAUGUCUUUUUUUUUUUUUUUUUAAAUUUAUUUAUGAUAGUCACACACACACAGAGAGAGGCAGAGACACAGGCAGGGGAAGAAGCAGGCUCCAUGCACUGGGAGCCUAACGUGGGAUUUGAUCCCGGGUCUCCAGGAUCGCUCCCUGGGCCAAAGGCAGGCGUUUAACCGCUGCGCCACCCAGGGAUCCCCAGAAAUGUCUUUUGAGAAAGUAAGAGCCAUGAACAUUAUCUGGCAUUGCUGAGUCAUCAAGUAAGGUAUAAACUAAGGGACAGGAAUGUGAUCUUUACUGUUGUCUUCCCAUUCUUAUAGUUGUAUAUGUGUGUACAUUUUUUUUUUUUUACUUUGAAUUCUCUUUUUGUGAAAUGGUCUUUGACUACUCCUUUGUGUCUUUCUUCUAAGAAUUCACAUUGUACUUUAUGCCCAGACCAUCGAAAUGCAGCCUUGAAAACACUGUAUCCAUCUAUUUUUUAAACAUUUCUUAAAUCCAAGGCUUUUGUUGAAGACUGUGUGCAUAAUACAUGUCCAAGCCUCUUCUUCUUAGUCUCGUUGAUUAGAUUUUGGGCACAAGUCUGGGGAUAUCAAUAUUUAAAGUUCUCUAGAGGAUGCUGUUGUGGCAGUUUACCUGGUGACUCACAGCUAAAAUGCUGAAUUUCAAGAGAAGCAAAUACCAUCUGGUAAGCAAAGAUUUUUGUCGUGAAUAUAUAACAUGGAUACAUGAAAAUCUGUAUGCAAUAUAGGUUUUGAGCACAAGAUAUUGUUGCUAGAUUUCAAGGUUGAAGUUACAUGUCAAAACAAUUAGUAAAGAUGUGAUAUUGUAGAAAUCUAGAGGAAAUACAGCCUACAGUUAUAUAGAGAGCAUGGGGAGUGAUGGCAUGAUAUGUGGGAGCAUAUCUAGAUUUUAAAUAAAGAAGGUAAUGUGGGGUGCUUGGGUGGCUCAUGUUAGCCUCCAAUUCCUGAUUUUGGCUCAACUCAUGAUCUCAGGGUCAUGAGAUCAAGCCCUCUGUCAGGCUCUGUGCUUAACAUGGAGUCUGCUCGAGAUUCUCUCUCUCUCCUUUUCCCUAUGCCGCUUCCCCUACUUGUGUGUGCUCUCCCUCUCUAAAUAAAUAAAUAAGAUCUUAAAAAAAAAAAAGAAUGGAUCCCUGGGUGGCUCAGCAGUUUAGCACUUGCCUUUGGCCCGGGGUGUGAUCCUGGAGUCCUGGGAUCGAGUACCAUGUUGGGCUUCUUGUGUGGAGCCUGCUUCUCCCUCUCCCUGUGUCUCUGCCUCUCUCUCUCUCUCUGUGUCUCAUGAAUAAAUAAAUAAAAUCUUAAAAAAAAAGAUAAUGAAGGGCAAAUAGUGGAGCAUAAAUAGUUGGAAAUCUACAAGGCCAUGUCCAAGACUUCCAUGGAUUGGUCUGAAGCCAGCCAUGUAAAGGCCAAUGUCAGAGAGUAUUUGUGGGGGAAGUAGUGGAAUGGAAAUGGGUAAAUGGGGUAAUUAAGGCAGUAUUAACUUUUAUUGCCAUGCUGUUUAGAUUUUAUCUAUUAGUAAUUGAAUUAGUUGGGGUAGCACAAUGGUAGAGGUGUUUUGUUUUGUUUUUUAUAUCUCUGGGUAGUCUUAAUUUCUACCUGGUAGCAGCUGUAUAGCAAUAAUAAGGAACAGCCAGAGGUUGUAGGAAAAACUGAAUGGGUAGCUGGCUCGAGUCUUGGUAGAAGGAGUCAAGUGGUCCUUUAGGCUACUUAACUGAUUCCAACAUGGAGACAUAAAUGUAGAAUUAUGGAAGAAGAUGCAGUUUGUUGCAAGAUGAAGGAUCACUGCAUUAGGGAUAUCAAAAUGAGGGAAAAUCAGAUGUGACAUCUUUAUAGGUACAGCAUGCAGAAUGUGACUGAAAAAGAUGACAGUUAUCAUGUUUAGAAGGACAUCUGCCUCUGGAGAACUCUGAGUGUCCUUCUACCAGCCUGUUGGAAAUUCCUGGUGGUCACGGUCUCUCAUCUUUGCCCCUUUCUUCAAGAACAUACCCUAGCUAGACUAAGAGUUGGAGUGUUGAGAUAGGAGUUUCUCUCUAAAUGUGUGACCAGUUUGAUGAUGCUAUGCAGAAUGAGGAAAAGGAUAAAUUUUAGAAACAGGAUGACCACUGAAAAGUAGCACAGAUAUGUCAAAAUCAAACUUCUGAAUUGCCUCCCUGAGCCAUUUGUUCAUAACAAGCGUUUGCUUCUGUCCUCAACCAGCAUAAUCAGUUUGUGUUCUUCGGUGGGAUCUUCAAAUCAGAAGUUUGAAUAUUUGAGCAACUGACAUCUUGUUCCUCUGCCUCAACUUUCUUUCAAUCUUUGCAUUCUCUGAACAUGACUUCAGCUCAUGCUUUAUCCUUAAAUACUUAUAUACUGAUGUUUUUCACAUUGCUAUGUCCACAAAAGCUAAUUCUCAGCAUUUAUAUAUUCAACUGGAUACUGGCACUUUACUAAUAAAAUAUAAAUGUUUCUAAAAGUCCACUUAUUUCCCCUACAUUCUGAACUUCAGUAACAUUCACCCUCUUGAAGGGAGUUUCCACUUACCUCUUGACUCAAGCAAAAUAUUUUGGAGUAAACCUUAAUUCCUCAUGUUCUUUAUCCACCUUCUCAUUUUUAAUUCACUGAUGAGACUUGUCUUACUCCACAGUGUACCCUCAUUUCCUCCACCUCUCUUCGUCUCCUUUGCUCCUUCAAACCACUUAUAAUUUGCAGCUGCCUCCUUUUUUUCUUUGCUUAUUUUAUUUUCCCUAACUAGAAUGUAAGCUCAGUGAGAAUAAUAUGUUUAAAUGCCCCCAACACGAGCACUAUGGCCAGUACCUAACAGGCAUUUUAUCAGGAUUUGUGGAAUGACUGAAUGCAGCCCUUCUAAUUUUAGAUGAUGUUUUCUUUCCACCUCCUUCCCCCUCUUCCUUUUUUUUUUUCCUUUUUUUUUUUUUUUUUUUUUUUGUUCUAACAGUGUCUUUCUUAUUUUCUACUCCUGCAUGUUUUGCAAGACACUACUUAGGAAGCAGCUGACUCUAUUUAUUCAUUGUGAAUUAUCUAAGCUCAUUUGUAUGUUUAUUGCUUUUGCCACUUGAUUUUUGUGUAUUAUAUUUUCACCAGUGCUCAAGAAAUAAGAAACAUUAUUAAAGAUUCUUUUAUACUGAGAUCCUGCAGGCAACACUAAAGAUUGGCCAAUCUAUACCUGAGCAUUCAUUGUUCUCUUCUUUCCUAGAAGUCAAGGGAGUUGAUGAUCAUCUGCAGUAACACUUGCAUACCUGAGAUUUCUAAAGACAACUAAAUAUGAAACGAUGUGUGAACAUAAUGUCUUUGAAAAUAUUGUUCAUCUGGACCAACACCGUUUUCCUUUAAGGCAAAAUCAUGGAAAUAAAAUUUAAAUUUAGUCAGUUAAAACAGAAGCUGUGGAAUAAAGAACGCUGUUGAGCAUG